AACGAAUAAAUAUGAUUAACCAGUCACCGGUAUUCAGCAGAGAGCCCUCCAGCAUCCUGAGGUAUGACGGAUCUGACAAUAUUGAAAGUUCGGAUAGCUGAGAACUAAGGGAGUGUCAAGGAUGAGGUGCCAAGCACUCUGCUGAAGGUAUCCCAUUUGUAUGUGUUUCUUCAUCAACCGAAGAAAAUCAUAAAUGCAGUAACGAGAGUAAAGAACAAGAAUUCAAUCAAGCUAUUAAUGAUCUUGAAGAUGAUAUUUUAAUUUCAAAAUAUUUGAAGAAAGCUGAGAUUAUUCCGAUUGAGGAAGAUAUUUCCGGAGAUGACAGUCCAUACGGUGUACAAUCUUCUGAACAUGAAGUGAAAUUAGGUAUAUCAGGGGACUAUGAGAUUCAUACAAUAACAGAAGAAUCAGAGCAAGUCACCCAGACUGAUUGCAAAAUUAUGACACCUACUACCUUCUCAAGCAAGCUUAAAACUCAAAAUGAAAGGUAUUCUAAUAAUCAAUGUUCAAGCUCGGAUUUACAGAAUUGUUCAAAUAAGGAAACAGUCGCCAAAACAAGAAAUAGAGAAACCACUAAUAUACAAAGGGAGAAGAAAUACGAGACUUUUACACAAGCUUCAAUCAAAAGGCAGAUCCUUAACCUCAAAAUCAUCCCAAAAUCAGCACCUGAGCUAAAACUCAAGCCUAUCCAGACACCUAGUCAGGCUUCAAAACAAAAAUAAUUACGACUACCCCAAAUGCUCUAAAAAUAAGAAAUCAAAGAUCUUAAGUAGCACUACUAAUCUCUCGACUAACAAGACAUUUACCAAGAAGGGGAGAAUCAAGAAGGGAAAGUUGAUAAAAACCAAGAAGAGACCUGGCUCUAGAGAAAAUAGAACUGUAAAGGUUCUAAACAGUGGCUCUACCAUAAAUUUUUCACGUAGCCCCUCCAACAAGUUAUUGAAGCAUACUAAAAUAUCUGCUAACCUCAACCAAGACAAGAGCUGCAGGAAGGAAGGCUCCUUCCUGCAGCGCAUGGAGAUUGAUAUGAAGCUCAGAAAUUGUAGAAGGAAGAGCAAGACAAAAAGAAAGGUCUCAAAGAGACCAAAGAGGAACAACCAGCAACCACUUAUUAACUUAAAAAUCCAAACAGAAGCUCCUGGUAAGAACAAGUAUGAAUUUGAUCAAGAAUUGCAGUCUGAUAGCUGUAAGAGCAAGAAGACAAUGUCUAAGCUGAUGGACUGUAUUAAUAUGAUCAGCUUAGACCUCAGAGGAAAUGAGAAGAAAUCAGAAGAUUCUUCAAGUAAGUUUCAGACCCCUGUAAUUAUUCCUCAUACUCCAAACUCUUUGUUCGAUUAUGGCACUACCAUGAGCAUGGGGAAGACUGAUGAGAGUAGGGACAUACAUCCAAUUCCAUUCAGGAAAAGUUUAUCAAUCUCCUCUAUUAAGAAGAAAUCUGAAACUGAAAGAGCACAAAGAAGAGACACGAAUAAGGAGAAAUUACAGAAAUUCACUAGAGAGAAUUUCAGAUUAACCAAGUGUAAGAAGAAAGAGCCUCAAGUGAAUCUAGAAGGUAUCCUAGACAAAAGUCUGACUACAGUGAUCAAAAAGCUGAAAUAAAAGUAGUAUGAGCCAUGAAGAUAAUCCAAGAAAAUUAAAAUACAACACAAGAAGUAUGUGAUCUAAUUAUGAUAGAGGAAGAGCAGAUAGAGUGAACUCUUUCAUCUCAUACACGAAGAACAAGUAUUCCGCCACUCGUUCAUCCAACAAGGACAACCCAUGUGAGGAUAAAGCUCCAUUCUGAGAUCUUUCAAAUUUAAAUAACACCAUAAAGGAAACAGAUGAGGAUUCUGUUAAGAAAUCUCAGUUAAAUGAAGGAAAGCCUCAUAUAAAAGAGAUUGAGGUUAGAAUCAGCUCAAAUGUAGAUAUGGGGUCACUUGAAUUUACUUUAGAAGGAGAUACCCCAAGAACCCCUACAGGUUCUUACUUCAACAAACCCAAGACAGCUAAUACUUCAGAGAAAGAGAAUAUUGAUGUGAAGGAGCAUAAUGAAAGUAGUGAGUCUGGAGUUCAUCUGUGAGACAAAAGUCUGCAUUCGUCUAAUAUCACAGAGAGCUAUCAAAGUCUCUCCACUAUACAGAGAGAAAGGAGUGACUGAUUUGAUACAAAUGAGAAAGGAAAUAAUUUCUGACAGAUGCCAGUUUUCGGAGUCAAAAACCCAUUUGGAUAA